AUUAAAUCUUUGUGUAGUAAAAUGGAUAACGAUUUCAAUAAAUGCUCUCAUUUAUUUAUUUAUUUUUGUCGUCGAUCUACGUUAACUUCUUUACACAAUGCAUUAGUGUGUCAAACUUCCGACAGAGCACGAAGGCAGCACGGAGAGCUGCAGUUUGAAACCUUGAGCCUGGAGUGAGCUAAGUCAGAAUGUCUGAGAAGGAGAUCGGGAAAAAGUUGGACCGCUGCCUGGCAGACGGGGUCGUUAAGCUGGGUACUGGUCUGGGGUUAGGAAUUGUGUUUUCUGUCCUGUUCUUCAAAAGACGUACGUGGCCUAUUACAUUAUUCUCUGGAGCUGGACUUGGCAUGGCGUAUGCCAACUGUCAGCAUGACCUGAGGUCACAUUAUCUGCUGCACACAAGUGAACAGAAGCAGUGACUUCAACCACUAAUAAAAACACCAUCAAUGUGUUUUAUAUCGUUA